AUGGGGCUGCUGGCAAAGCUAAAAGCCACCAGCACUCGGAAGGAUGAGGAUACGGGCUCGAAUGUUCGGCAUCCUACAAGUGAGCUUGUCAAAAAAAGAUACACUUACCCCGGAGGCAAGAAUUUCCGGGCCGGGAAUCCUGCUAGAGACUUUUAUAUCCAGCAGGAAGCACCUCAUCAUAUCUGGAAACCUAAUGAAUACAUAUGCGGAGAAGCAGUUUUGGUGCUGAAACGAGACGUGGAAAAUGUGGCGGUGACCUUCUCGCUGGUCGGGGAGAUCAAACUUCGUGGGCUAGGCCCGAGAACACGCUCAGAAAAGCUUUUUGAAAAAUCUACAACGGUUUACGGAGAAAAUGAAGAAACGGCAUUGGAGGAUCAACCUGCCAUUGUGAAUGGACUCACUAAGGGAGAACAUCGGUUUCCAUUCAGACUUAAGGUUCCGUCCAAAAAAAUCUUCACAUCCAUAAAGUUCGAAAGAGGAUCUAUCUCAUAUUACAUGCAAUGCACUUUGCAAUCGUUGCAAAACGGUCGUGCAGACGAGAUCAUGGCAACAUGCGAGAAAAGCGUCUCUGUUAUGGUUCCACUAGACGUGGGUCGGCUUCCAAAGCCAAAAACCAAGACUGUAGUGCUACAGUCGCCCUCCAGUUUGAAACAAACUGCUUUGGAACAAGACUGCGGCUCUGGGCUCACUCGCCGCACCGGAGGCUCCAAACAAUCCGAGUCAACGAUGGUGACAACGGGCUCGAACUCCAAGACUGUGACGAUAAACGUUGAUCUCCCGGCUUCGGGUUACGUUGUGGGCGAAGUGAUUCCAGUGCAACUACAUUUGGCGCAUUAUCGAGAAUAUUCGCAUUCAACGGGACUGAUAGCCACUUUGGUUCGGAUUUGUCGCGUUGAAGAUAAUUCCAAGGAAAACGUUAUCGAAACUUUCCGCAAGGACAUGUGCCAGACCGUGUCUCCCGUAUACGUGGAUCCGGAGACCCUCGAAUGCUCCACGACUGUGUAUCUCAAAGUUCCACUUGACGCAUUUCCCACGCUGCGGCUGCCAAACAGACGAUUCUCCUUCCAAUACUACGUGGAGGUACUUGUAAAUCUUUCGCGCAAGAAUCUCGCUUACACGGAAUCCAAUCGCGUGGUAGAUCCAACGUCCAACUCACAGGGUUCCAGUCAUCCGUCUAAAUCCAUUGAAGAAACGCUUUCGGUGCUGCAGCGGAAGAUACAAGCCGGGUCUGCCAACAACGGGUUCCACGAUGACGAUCGCGAGUCCAUGAUUUUUUUCAAAGAUCUGAUCAACGUCGACAAGCUCAAGCGAUUGCGCAACGUCACUGGGAUGUCGAUAGAAAUAGUUGUUGGCACCACCAAGACCACAGGCUCUCCCGAUAUUGCUAUUCCAGGGUCCGUUGCUGACCAAAAUCAAACCACAAGCCAGACUACUCAUGGUCAAUCACCGGUCAAUUCUUCCAAUUCCGAGGAAACUUCCCAUCUCGAAGCACAAGACUACACAUAUACUGCGACGAAGCGUCCCACGCCUUCUACAGACACCAGCUAUCUUUUUGAAUAUGACGAAAAGUCAACUAUGCCGUUGCCCGAAUACACUCCGAAUUCGUUAUUUGAAGUUGCAGAAGACAAGGAUGAGAUGGAGCUACAAAGGCUGAAAGACCUAGAAAGUGAACCGUCUAUGGCACUCUAA